GUACUCUCAACGGCUGAGCCCCGAGUAGCAGCAGAGACUGAGGGCAGCUCUACCAGAGCAGCCACUGUUGGGACCCGCUUUGGUGGUCUAAGGUUCAAGACAGCCUCCCACCAGUUUGCAGGCAGGUGAGUGAGUGGUGGACGCGAAGCUUGGAAUGGCGAAGCUUGGAGUGGUGGAUGCUGAAACUACCACCUGGGAAGUGCGGGGCUCCUGUCAGGUGCUGAUUUCGGCGUUGAAGCUCUUCUGCUGAAGAAAACUACAUUGAGAAAUGGAGUCUGAGGAAGGCAACGCAGAGCCACCCACUCCGAGUGAAGAGGCUCCUCCUCCAGUUGUAGAGGAAGCUCCGCCCCCUCCCCCUCCUGAAGACACUGCCCCUCCCCCUCCCGAGGAGCAGGCCCCGCCCCCUGAGGGGGAUGCUGCCCCGCCCCCCACAGGAGAUGACUUCCAACUCACUGUGGAAGGAGAAGCUCCGCACCCCGAGGAUACAGACCCCACGCUCCUGUCUGAGCAGGGUCCUGCUACUUCCGUGACUGACUAUAGGAGUCUGAUUCCCUCAGAUGAGGAGAUAGCACUGCAGGAGGAUGAGGAGUCUGGCCAGGCCAGGGUCCGGGCGAGGCACACCCCUAGGCCUGCACAGUCCGUGCUGUCAGAUGGGCUUUCCCAGUCUUCCCGGCGGCCCUCCAAAUUCCGCCGAAGUAUGACUGGCAUCCCAAACCUCCAGGAGACCCUCAAAGAGAAACAGGCAAGAUUUAGAGAAGCCAGGGAAAACAGGAAAAUGAAAAUUGACCCCUCGUAUAAAUACAUAUUUGAAAUUCUAGGAGAAAAGCUUGGGCUGGACUUAGUAACCGUGGAAGAACUAAUUUUGGAUUGCCCGUCGCUGGAUCCGUUCACCAGCUUUUUUGAGAAAGGUGGCUGUAAGACGCUGAAGUUUUUGUACCAGGAAGGAGAAGUGCCCGGUUUUGAAUGUGGUCGAACGAUUACGGGAGUCCCCAAAGGGGGUAAAAUGAUGAAGAUUUAUGUAGACAAUGCAGCUCCGGACAAGCUGAAAGAGCUGUGCUUAUUUUUCGUCCGCUGUCGUAAUGAUGUUGCCAUAAAUUCCAAAACCAUUUAUGAGGAUGUGCUGUUUAGCUUCUUGGAUGCGUCAAAGGGACUCUUAAAAGGAAUCAAGCACAUGUUGAGAAGCAUAUUUCUCCCAGCCAUCCUUGCAACGAGCAACUGGGGAGCUCUAAAUCAGUCCAAGCAGGGUGAAUCUGAGAAACACAUUUUCAUAGAAACCAUCCACAGAUAUCUUGCAUUUUUAGAUGGUGCUACCAUAAGCAUCGAGGGGACAGUGAUGUUGAAGAAGGUGGACAAUAUCGACUUCUCCAAGCUGCACACCUUUGAAGAGGUCACAGCUGCAGCGAGCAGCUCGGAGAUGGUGCAUCAGCUGGAGGAGGUGCUGAUGAUGUGGUACAAGCAGAUCGAGCAGGUCCUCAUUGAGAGUGAGCAGAUGAGAAAAGAAGCUGAUGAUUCUGGUCCCCUCACCGAAUUGGAGCAUUGGAAGCGUAUGUCAGCCAAGUUCAACUUCAUCAUUGAGCAGAUUAAAGGGUCCAGCUGUAAGGCCGUCAUAAAUGUGCUAAAUGUCGCACACUCCAAGCUGUUAAAGAACUGGCGGGAUUUGGACGCACGAAUCACCGACACUGCAAAUGAAUCAAAGGAUAACGUGCGCUAUUUGUACACCCUGGAGAAAGUAUGUCAGCCCCUCUAUAACUAUGACCUGGUUUCCAUGGCACACGGAAUACAGAACCUGAUCAAUGCCAUCAGAAUGAUUCACAGUGUGUCGAGGUAUUAUAAUACAUCAGAGAGGAUGACAUCAUUAUUCAUCAAGGUGACAAAUCAGAUGGUAACAGCCUGCAAAGCAUACAUUACUGAUGGCGGAACAAACCAUGUGUGGGACCAGGAAACGCCAGCUGUACUAAAAAAGAUCCAGGAUUGCAUCUUUCUCUUCAAGGAAUACCAGGCAUCCUUUCACAAAACAAGGAAGCAGAUUUUAGAAUCCUCCGGGGAGAAGUCUUUUGAAGUUUCAGAAAUGUAUAUAUUUGGAAAAUUCGAAGCCUUCUGUAAGAGACUGGAGAAAAUUACAGAGAUGAUAACCAUUGUGCAAACAUACUCAGCCUUGAGCAACUCUACAAUCGAAGGAAUCGAUAUUCUGGGGAUAAAGUUCAAAAACAUCUAUCAGGGCAUUAAGAAGAACCAAUAUGACAUCCUGGAUCCACGGAGAACAGAAUUUGACACAGACUUCACAGAGUUUAUGGGGAAAAUCAAUAUUUUAGAGAUUCAAAUCCAGGCGUUUAUGAACAGUACCUUUGGGAAGAUCUUGUCCUCCCAGCAGGCUCUGCAGUUGCUUCAGAGGUUUCAGAAGCUGAACAUUCCCUGCCUUCAACUGGAAAUCAAUCACACAAUUGAACGGAUUCUUCAGUGCUAUGUGGCUGAACUUGAAGCUACCAAGAAGCUCUAUCAUUCUCAGAAAGAUGACCCCCCUCUCGCUCGCAACAUGCCCCCCAUAGCAGGGAAAAUUCUCUGGGUGAGGCAGCUGUACCGCCGGAUAAACGAACCCAUCAACUAUUUCUUUAAAAACUCAGACAUUUUAUCAAGCACAGAAGGCAAAGCUGUCAUCCGUCAGUAUAAUAGGAUCUCAUACGUGCUGGUGGAGUUUGAGGUGGUUUACCACACAGCCUGGGUCAAGGAGGUUUCCCAGCUUCAGUAUGCUUUGCAAGCCACGCUGUUUGUGCGACAUCCAGAAACGGGGAAGUUGCUGGUUAACUUUGAUCCUAAGAUUCUGGAAGUUGUGCGGGAAACAAAGUGCAUGAUAAAGAUGAAGCUAGAUGUUCCAGAACAAGCAAAGAAGUUGCUGAAACUCGAGAGCAAACUGAAGGCAGACAAGCUGUAUCUGCAGGGUCUUCUGCAGUAUUAUGACGACCUGUGCCAGGAAGUGCCUUCUGUGUUCGUCAACCUGAUGACCCCCAAAAUGAAGAAGGUGGAGUCCGUCCUGAGGCAAGGGCUCACGGUGCUGACCUGGUCCUCGCUAAUGCUGGAGAGCUUCUUCAAAGAGGUUGAGUCCGUUUUGGAUAUGUUCAACCAGCUUUUAAAGAAGGUCAAUGACCUGUGUGAGAUGCACAUCGACACAGUUCUGAAGGAGAUUGCCAAGACACUGCUAAUCUCCUUGUCAGAUAGCGGCGCCACCAAAGUAGAAGACAUGCUGACCCUCAAUGAGACGUACACCAAAGAGUGGGCUGAUGUUCUAAACCACAAGAGCAGACACGUGGAGGAAGCCGUGAAAGAGCUGAUAUUAAUAUUUGAACAAAUCUACGAAGUUAAAUACACCGGAAAAGCAGCCAAACCGGUGACAGAGCAGAGGAAGCACGUUGUUUUUGGAAGUGAGGCAGAAGAGACUGAAGGCCUCGACUUUGAAUCGACGACGAGGGAGGUCGACACCAAUGAUAAAGAAGAUGAAUUUAAAAAGGAAUGUAAGGAGGUAUACGCUUUCUUCUCGCAUCAAUUACUAGACAGCCUACAGAAGGCGACACGCUUAUCUUUGGACACAAUGAAAAGGAGAAUAUUUGUCGGAAGCCAAGGGCGGAGACGGUCGGAGGACAUCGUUUCCUUCAUAAAAACCGAAGUGCACCUUGCAAUCCCUAAUGUGGUGAUGGUUCCCAGCCUGGAUGACAUUCAGCAAGCCAUCAAUCGCAUGAUCCAGUUGACCCUGGAGGUCAGCAGAGGAGUGGCCCACUGGGGACAGCAGCAGGUCAGGCAGAUAAAGUCUUUCCAGAACAAUUCUCGUGGCUCCGACCAACCCCCAGCCUCGGGGAAACCACUGAAAAAGGAAGAGAGGUCUUUUGAAGAAACCAUCCCGGCCAGGAAGCUGAAGAACUUCUAUCCUGGCGUGGCAGAGCACAAGGAUAUCUCCAAACUGGUCCUCCUCUUGUCCUCCUCUGUGAAUUCUCUCCGGAAGGCGGCCACUGAGGCCCUGCAGGACUUUCAGAAGUACAAGACUCUCUGGACCGAAGACCGCGACGUGAAAGUCAAGGAGUUUUUGGCCAACAACCCUUCCCUGACUGAGAUCCGAUCAGAAAUCCUCCACUAUGCCACCUUUGAGCAAGAGAUCGAGGAACUGAAGCCCAUUAUUGUUGUAGGAGCCCUGGAACUGCACACAGAGCCAAUGAAGUUAGCCUUAUCAAUCGAGGCCAAAGCGUGGAAGAUGCUGCUCUGUCGAUACUUAAACGAAGAAUAUAAGAAGAAAAUGUCAGACAUGAUAACGUUUAUCAAUGAAUACUUGAAAAAGUUGUCCAGACCCAUCCGAGACUUGGACGAUGUUAGAUUCGCUAUGGAAGCUUUGUCUUGUAUCCGAGAUAAUGAAAUUCAAAUGGACAUGACUUUGGGGCCAAUUGAAGAAGCCUACGGCAUUUUGAACCGAUUUGAGGUCGAGGUGACCAAGGAAGAGUCCGAAGGCGUCGACACCCUGAGAUACUCAUUCAACAAAUUACAGAGCAAAGCUGUUUCCGUACAAGAUGAACUUGUGCAAGUGCAGCCCAAAUUUAAAAGCAGCCUGCUUGAGUCGGUGGAGGUCUUCCGUGAGGACGUUAUAAACUUUACAGAAGCCUAUGAGACGGAAGGACCCAUGGUGCCGAAUAUUCCACCCCAAGAAGCCAGCAACAGGCUGCAGAUAUUCCAGGCCAAUUUCGACGAUUUAUGGAGGAAAUUUGUCACAUAUUCAUCUGGGGAGCAACUUUUUGGAUUACCUGUGACUGACUACGAGGUUUUACACAAAACCAGAAAAGAGCUCAACUUGCUUCAGAAGCUGUAUGGCUUGUACGACACUGUCAUGGGCAGCAUCAGUGGCUACUAUGAGAUCCUCUGGGGAGAUGUAGACAUCGAAAAGAUCAAUGCAGAGCUGCAGGAAUUCCAGAACAGAUGUCGAAAACUCCCCAAGGGACUCAAAGAUUGGCAGGCGUUUCUGGACCUCAAAAAAAGAAUCGAUGACUUCAGUGAGUCGUGUCCGCUGCUGGAGAUGAUGACCAAUAAAGCGAUGAAGCAGAGGCAUUGGGACCGCAUCUCAGAGCUCACCGGCACCCCGUUCGACGUGGAAUCCGAUACAUUCUGUCUGAGAAAUAUCAUGGAAGCGCCACUCCUUAAGAACAAGGAUGAUAUCGAAGAUAUCUGCAUAUCUGCCAUUAAGGAGAAGGACAUCGAAGCCAAGUUGACACAGGUGAUUGAGAACUGGACCAACCAAAACCUGAGCUUUGCAGCGUUUAAGGGCAAAGGCGAGCUCCUGCUCAAAGGAACAGAGUCUGGAGAGAUUAUCACCUUAAUGGAGGAUAGCUUGAUGGUCCUAGGCUCCUUGCUAAGCAACAGAUACAAUACCCCGUUUAAAAAAAAUAUCCAGAAUUGGGUCUUUAAAUUGUCCACUUCCUCGGAUAUCAUUGAAGAGUGGCUGAUAGUCCAGAACCUGUGGGUCUAUCUUGAAGCUGUCUUUGUGGGUGGCGACAUUGCCAAACAGCUGCCGCAGGAAGCCAAGCGUUUCCAGAAUAUUGACAAGUCAUGGAUAAAGAUCAUGCAGCGAGCUCACGAGAACCCCAACGUGAUCAGCUGCUGUGUCGGGGAUGAGACCAUGGGGCAGCUCCUGCCCCACUUACACGAGCAGUUGGAAGUCUGUCAGAAGUCCCUCACAGGGUAUUUGGAAAAGAAGCGGUUGCUAUUUCCAAGAUUCUUCUUUGUCUCCGAUCCGGUUCUGCUGGAAAUCCUCGGACAGGCCAGCGACUCCCACACCAUUCAGCCACAUCUCCCUGCAGUGUCUGACAACAUCAAUGAGGUGACCUUCCAUGCUAAAGACUACGAUCGGAUGAUGGCCGUUAUAUCAAGAGAAGGAGAAAAAAUUAUGCUGGAUACUCCCGUUAUGGCCAAAGGUCCUGUAGAAAUUUGGCUUCUGGACUUGUUAAAAGUACAGAUGUCAUCACUACAUAAUAUCAUCCGGUCUGCCUUCUACCAGAUCAGCGAUUCGGGCUUUCUCCUCUUACCUUUCCUGAACCACUUCCCCGCACAGGUUGGGCUUCUGGGAAUUCAAAUGCUGUGGACACAUGACUCAGAAGAGGCUUUGAAUAAUGCAAAAGACGACAGGAAAAUCAUGCAAAUAACCAACCAGAAAUUUCUGGACAUUCUAAACACGCUGAUUAGCCAGACGACGCAUGACCUGACCAAGUUUGACAGAGUGAAGUUUGAAACUUUGAUCACAAUCCACGUGCACCAGAGAGAUAUCUUUGAUGACUUGGUAAAAAUGCACAUCAAGUCGGUCACCGACUUCGAGUGGCUGAAACAGAGCAGAUUUUAUUUCAAAGAGGAUUUGGAUCAGACCGUGGUGUCCAUCACUGACGUGGACUUCAUUUACCAAAAUGAGUUCCUGGGAUGCACGGAUCGUCUUGUGAUCACCCCGUUAACAGAUAGAUGCUACAUCACGCUGGCUCAGGCUCUGGGAAUGAACAUGGGCGGUGCUCCAGCAGGACCCGCUGGGACGGGUAAAACCGAAACCACAAAAGACAUGGGCAGGUGUUUGGGCAAGUACGUGGUUGUGUUCAAUUGUUCUGAUCAGAUGGAUUUCCGAGGCCUUGGACGGAUUUUCAAAGGUCUUGCACAGUCCGGUUCCUGGGGUUGCUUUGAUGAGUUUAAUAGAAUUGAAUUGCCUGUUUUAUCUGUGGCGGCGCAACAAAUUUACAUAGUUUUGACAGCGAGGAAAGAGAGGAAAAAACAGUUCAUCUUCUCAGAUGGCGAUUGCGUGGAUUUAAAUCCAGAAUUCGGAAUCUUCCUAACCAUGAACCCUGGAUAUGCUGGGCGCCAGGAACUGCCAGAAAACUUAAAAAUCCAGUUUAGAACAGUUGCAAUGAUGGUUCCUGAUCGGCAGAUCAUUAUGCGAGUUAAGCUUGCUAGCUGUGGCUUUCUUGAAAAUGUUAUCUUGGCGCAAAAGUUUUAUGUUCUCUAUAAACUCUGCGAAGAGCAGCUUACUAAACAGGUCCACUAUGACUUUGGACUGAGAAAUAUCCUGUCUGUGCUGAGGACCCUUGGGUCUCAGAAAAGAGCUCGGCCAGAAGACAGUGAGUUAAGCACGGUCAUGAGAGGGCUACGAGACAUGAACCUUUCCAAACUGGUUGACGAAGAUGAACCCCUGUUCCUCAGCUUGAUCAACGACCUGUUUCCGGGGUUACAACUGGACAGCAGUACUUACGCGGAACUGCAAGCUGCGGUGGACAACCAGGUUAACCUAGAAGGUCUGAUAAACCACCCACCCUGGAACCUCAAAUUAGUGCAGUUAUAUGAGACCUCUCUGGUACGGCAUGGCCUGAUGACCCUCGGGCCCAGCGGUUCCGGGAAGACGACGGUCAUAACAAUUCUGAUGAAAUCAUUAACGGAGUGCGGGAGGCCUCACAGAGAGAUGCGAAUGAAUCCAAAGGCGAUUACUGCGCCUCAGAUGUUCGGCAGGCUGGAUACAGCCACCAACGACUGGACAGAUGGGAUCUUUUCCACUCUGUGGAGGAAGACAUUAAAAGCUAAAAAGGGUGAGAAUAUUUUCCUCAUCCUAGACGGCCCCGUGGAUGCCAUCUGGAUUGAGAACUUAAACUCCGUGUUGGACGAUAACAAGACGCUCACCCUGGCUAACGGGGACCGCAUCCCCAUGGCCCCUACCUGUAAGCUGCUGUUUGAGGUGCACAACAUUGAGAACGCCUCUCCUGCCACGGUGUCAAGGAUGGGCAUGGUAUACAUCAGCAGCUCGGCUCUCAGCUGGAGGCCGAUAUUACAGGCAUGGUUGAAGAAGCGCACCCAGCAGGAAGGCUCUGUCUUCCUGAGUCUGUAUGAUAAGGUGUUUGAAGACGCGUACACAUACAUGAAACUAAGCCUCAACCCCAAGAUGCAGCUCCUGGAGUGUAAUUACAUCACGCAGUCUCUCAAUCUCCUGGAAGGUUUAAUCCCUUCCAAAGAAGAAGGUGGCGUCUCGUCCGGGGACCACCUCCACAAGCUGUUUGUGUUUGGUCUGAUGUGGAGCCUGGGAGCCCUUUUGGAACUGGAUAGCAGGGAAAAAAUGGAAGUCUUCCUCCGAGGUCAUGGGAGCAAGCUAAACCUGCCGGAGAUACCCAGGGGCUCCCACCAGACUAUGUAUGAGUUCUACGUUACCGACUACGGUGACUGGGAACACUGGAACAAGAGACUCCAGCCAUACUUCUAUCCGACGGACAGCAUUCCGGAGUACUCUUCCAUCCUGGUUCCAAACGUGGACAACAUCAGGACCAACUUCUUGAUAGACACGAUCGCGAAACAGCACAAAGCGGUUUUGCUCACAGGAGAACAGGGCACUGCAAAAACGGUAAUGGUGAAGGCGUACCUGAAGAAAUACGACCCUGAAGUGCAGCUGUCCAAGAGUCUAAAUUUUUCCUCUGCUACAGAGCCAAUGAUGUUUCAGAGGACAAUCGAAAGCUACGUGGAUAAGAGGAUGGGGAGCACCUAUGGUCCCCCAGGAGGGAGGAAGAUGACGGUGUUUAUUGAUGAUAUUAAUAUGCCUGUGAUCAACGAAUGGGGAGAUCAGAUCACCAAUGAGAUCGUGCGUCAGAUGAUGGAGAUGGAGGGAAUGUACAGCUUGGACAAGCCUGGAGACUUCACCACCAUUGUCGAUGUGCAGCUCAUAGCAGCCAUGAUCCAUCCUGGAGGAGGGCGGAACGACAUCCCACAGCGCUUAAAAAGGCAGUUUACCGUGUUCAACUGCACGCUGCCUUCCAACACGUCUAUCGACAAAAUCUUCGGAAUUAUCGGCUGUGGAUACUUUGACCCGUGUAGAAAGUUCAGACCUGAAAUAUGUGACAUGAUUGGGAAUUUGGUCUCAGUCGGCCGUGUGCUGUGGCAAUGGACCAAGGUAAAGAUGCUACCCACACCUUCAAAGUUUCAUUACAUCUUCAACCUCCGGGACCUUUCGAGAAUCUGGCAGGGGAUGUUAACCAUAAAAGCAGAAGAGUGCAGCUCGAUCCCCAUUCUCCUGUCGCUCUUCAAGCACGAGUGUAACAGAGUGAUCGCAGACAGGUUUAUAACUCCGGAUGACGAGCAGUGGUUCAACUCACAGCUCAUUCGGGCAGUGGAAGAAAACAUCAGCGCAGAGGUCGCAGCCAAUAUCCUCCCUGAACCGUACUUUGUGGAUUUUCUCCGAGAUAUGCCGGAGCCCACUGGUGACGAACCCGAAGACACUAUGUUUGAAGUGCCCAAAAUCUACGAAUUGGUGCCGUCCUUCGAAUUCCUGAGUGAAAAGCUUCAGUUCUACCAGAGGCAGUUCAACGAGAUCAUCCGAGGGACAUCUCUCGACCUGGUGUUUUUUAAAGACGCCAUGACUCACCUCAUUAAGAUCUCUCGGAUCAUUCGAACCUCCUGUGGGAACGCAUUGCUGGUGGGUGUCGGUGGCUCAGGAAAGCAGAGCCUCUCAAAACUGGCCUCCUUUAUUGCUGGGUAUCAGAUAUUUCAGAUAACACUAACCAGGUCUUACAACGUGAGCAACCUCAUAGAAGACCUAAAGAAUUUGUACAAAGUUGCUGGCGCCGAAGGCAAAGGCAUUACCUUCAUCUUUACGGACAAUGAGAUAAAAGAUGAGGCGUUCCUGGAAUACCUUAAUAAUUUGCUGUCUUCAGGGGAGAUCUCCAAUUUAUUUGCCCGAGACGAGAUGGAUGAAAUCACCCAAGGCCUGAUAUCGGUGAUGAAGAGGGAGCUGCCUCGACACCCUCCCACCUUUGACAACCUGUAUGAAUACUUCAUCACCAGAUCCAGGAAGAAUUUACAUGUUGUUCUCUGCUUCUCCCCGGUUGGAGAGAAGUUCCGGGCCCGGUCCCUCAAAUUCCCUGGUUUGAUUUCAGGGUGCACCAUGGACUGGUUCAGUCGCUGGCCCAAGGAGGCUCUAAUCGCUGUGGCCUCAUACUUCCUUUUAGAUUAUAACAUUGUCUGCUCCAUUGAGACUAAGAGGCACGUUGUAGAAACUAUGGGGCUCUUUCAUGACAUGGUUUCUGAAAGCUGCGAGAAUUACUUCCAAAGAUACCGCCGAAGAGCCCACGUGACUCCCAAAUCAUAUCUCUCAUUUAUAAAUGGUUAUAAAAACAUUUACACCGAUAAGGUGAAAUAUAUCAACGAACAAGCGGAACGGAUGAAUAUUGGUCUCGACAAGCUGAUGGAGGCGAGCGAAUCUGUGGCUAAGCUCUCACAGGAUCUCGCAGUGAAGGAGAAGGAACUGGCGGUGGCUUCCAUUAAAGCAGACGAAGUCCUGGCAGAGGUCACAGUGAGUGCCCAGGCUUCAGCCAAAGUGAAAAACGAAGUCCAGGAGGUAAAAGAUAAAGCUCAGAAAAUUGUGGAUGAAAUUGACAGCGAGAAGGUGAAGGCAGAAACUAAGCUGGAGGCCGCCAAACCUGCCCUGGAAGAAGCCGAGGCAGCCCUGAAUACCAUCAAGCCAAAUGACAUUGCCACAGUCAGGAAGCUUGCCAAACCACCACAUCUCAUUAUGAGAAUCAUGGACUGUGUCCUGCUGCUGUUCCAAAAGAAAAUCGAUCCUGUUACCAUGGACCCAGAAAAGCCCUGCUGCAAGCCAUCAUGGGGAGAGUCGUUAAAGCUGAUGAGUGCCACGGGGUUCCUCUUCAGCCUGCAGCAGUUCCCCAAGGACACAAUCAACGAGGAGACGGUUGAGCUACUGCAGCCAUAUUUUAACAUGGACGACUACACUUUUGAAAGUGCCAAAAAAGUGUGUGGCAACGUGGCUGGGCUGCUGUCCUGGACACUUGCUAUGGUGAUAUUUUACGGCAUCAACAGGGAAGUGUUGCCCUUGAAGGCAAACCUGGCCAAGCAGGAAGGCCGCUUGGCUGUGGCCAAUGUGGAAUUAGGGAAGGCCCAGGCGCUGCUGGACGAGAAGCAAGCUGAGCUGGAUAAAGUGCAGGCCAAGUUUGACGCCGCAAUGAACGAGAAAAUGGACCUGCUCAAUGAUGCCGACAUGUGCAGGAAGAAGAUGCAGGCAGCCUCCACGCUCAUUGAUGGCCUGAGUGGGGAGAAAGUCCGGUGGACCCAGCAAAGUAAGGAGUUCAAGGCUCAGAUUAAUAGACUCGUAGGCGAUGUUCUGCUCUGCACAGGCUUUCUCUCCUACCUCGGCCCCUUCAAUCAGAUAUUUCGGAACUAUUUGCUUAAAGAUCAAUGGGAGUUAGAGUUGAAAGCACGGAAAAUUCCUUUCACUGAAAACCUGAAUCUUAUUGCAAUGUUGGUGGACCCUCCAACAAUUGGCGAGUGGGGCCUGCAGGGACUCCCUGGAGAUGACCUGUCAAUUCAGAAUGGCAUCAUUGUGACAAAGGCCACCAGAUACCCUCUGCUCAUUGAUCCCCAGACUCAGGGAAAAACGUGGAUCAAAUCGAAGGAAAAAGAAAACGACUUGCAGGUGACAUCUCUGAACCACAAAUAUUUCCGCACACACCUGGAGGACAGCCUCUCGUUGGGUCGCCCCCUUCUCAUUGAGGAUAUUCGAGAGGAGCUGGACCCAGCUCUGGAUAAUGUGCUGGAGAAGAACUUCAUCAAAUCAGGCACUGCUUUCAAGGUGAAAGUGGGUGAUAAGGAAUGUGACAUCAUGGACACGUUUAAACUUUACAUCACCACGAAGUUACCCAACCCUGCCUUCACUCCUGAGAUCAACGCCAAGACAUCCGUCAUUGAUUUCACUGUCACCAUGAAGGGACUCGAGAACCAGUUACUCAGGAGAGUCAUUCUCACAGAGAAACAGGAGCUGGAGUCGGAGCGGGUUAAGCUCCUCGAGGAUGUGACUUUCAAUAAGCGGAAGAUGAAGGAGCUAGAGGACAACCUGCUGUAUAAGCUGAGCGCCACAAAAGGUUCCCUGGUGGACGAUGAGUCUCUCAUCGGCGUCCUGCGCAUCACCAAACAGACAGCUGCAGAAGUGAGCGAAAAGCUCCACGUGGCGGCGGAAACGGAGAUCAAAAUCAAUACAGCUCAGGAGGAGUUCCGGCCAGCGGCCACGCGAGGCAGCAUCCUUUACUUCCUCAUCACAGAGAUGAGCAUGGUCAACAUCAUGUACCAAACCUCACUGGCCCAGUUCUUGAAGUUAUUUGACCAGUCCAUGGCCAGGUCUGAAAAGUCUCCGCUACCUCAAAAAAGAAUUACAAACAUCAUUGAGUACCUGACAUACGAGGUCUUCACCUAUUCUGUGAGAGGCCUGUACGAAAACCACAAAUUCCUCUUCGUUCUCCUCAUGACACUGAAGAUCGAUCUCCAGAGAGGGACAGUGAAGCACAAAGAGUUUCAGGCUCUGAUUAAAGGUGGAGCAGCCCUGGACCUGAAGGCAUGCCCCCCAAAACCCUUCCGCUGGAUCCUGGACAUGACGUGGCUGAACCUUGUGGAGCUCAGUAAGCUCCCCCAGUUUGCAGAAAUUAUGAACCAGAUAUCUCGGAAUGAGAAGGGGUGGAAAAACUGGUUUGAUAAAGACGCCCCAGAGGAAGAGAUCAUCCCUGAUGGCUAUAAUGACUCCCUGGAUACCUGCCGCAAGCUUCUGCUUAUCAGAUCAUGGUGCCCCGACCGCACUGUUUUCCAAGCGAGAAAGUAUAUUGCGGACUCUCUCGAGGAGAAGUACACAGAGCCAGUUAUCCUAAAUCUGGAGAAGACCUGGGAAGAAAGUGACACGCACACACCUCUGAUCUGUUUCCUGUCCAUGGGCUCCGACCCCACCAUCCAGAUUGAUGCGUUGGCCAAGAAGCUGAAGCUGGAAUGCAGGACUAUCUCAAUGGGACAAGGACAAGAAGUUCAUGCUCGAAAGCUGAUCCAGUUGUCGAUGCAACAGGGUGGUUGGGUAUUGCUGCAGAAUUGUCACCUCGGUCUGGAAUUCAUGGAAGAGUUACUAGAGACGCUGAUGGUCACAGAAACCACCGAGGACUCCUUCAGAGUGUGGAUAACCACUGAGCCCCAUGACCGGUUUCCAAUUACACUACUCCAGACUUCUCUCAAGUUCACAAAUGAGCCACCCCAAGGUGUCCGGGCAGGCCUGAAAAGGACAUUCGCUGGGAUCAACCAAGACCUUCUGGACAUCAGUAACUUACCCAUGUGGAAGCCGAUGCUCUACACAGUGGCAUUUCUGCACUCCACCGUGCAGGAGCGACGAAAAUUUGGACCCUUGGGAUGGAAUAUUCCCUAUGAAUUCAAUUCUGCCGACUUCUCGGCCAGUGUUCAGUUCAUUCAGAACCACCUUGACGAGUGUGAUAUUAAAAAGGGCGUGUCGUGGAGUACGGUUCGGUACAUGAUUGGUGAAGUACAGUACGGAGGCAGAGUGACAGAUGACUUCGACAAAAGGCUGCUUAACUGCUUUGCCCGGGUCUGGUUCAGCGAGAAGAUGUUUGAGCCCUCGUUCUGUUUUUACACCGGCUAUAAAAUCCCCACAUGCAAAACCCUGGACCAAUAUUUUGAGUUCAUCCAGUCUCUGCCGUCCCUUGAUAACCCAGAAGUCUUUGGGCUUCACCCUAAUGCCGACAUCACGUAUCAGAGUAACACAGCUUCCGACGUUCUUGAAACCAUCACCAACAUUCAACCGAAAGAGAGCGGCGGUGGUGUGGGCGAGACACGUGAGGCCAUUGUCUACAGGCUGUCUGAAGACAUGCUCAGCAAGCUGCCCCCUAACUAUGUGCCUCAUGAGGUGAAAGCUCGCUUGAUGAAGAUGGGGCACCUGAACUCAAUGAACAUAUUUCUUAGACAAGAAAUUGACAGGAUGCAGAAAGUCAUCUCAAUCCUCCGCAGCAGCCUGAGUGACCUCAAACUGGCUAUCGAAGGAACGAUCAUCAUGAGUGAGAACUUGAGAGAUGCGUUGGAUAACAUGUAUGAUGCUCGUAUACCUCAGCUUUGGAAGAGGGUGUCCUGGGACUCCUCCACCCUGGGCUUCUGGUUCACCGAACUUCUGGAAAGGAACGCCCAGUUCUCAACAUGGAUAUUUGAGGGGAGGCCUAACGUGUUCUGGAUGACCGGGUUCUUUAACCCCCAAGGCUUCCUCACAGCCAUGAGGCAAGAAGUGACCCGAGCUCACAAAGGCUGGGCGCUGGACACCGUGACCAUCCACAAUGAAGUCCUGCGGCAGACCAAGGAAGAGAUCAUCACGCCCCCAGCGGAAGGCGUGUAUAUUUACGGGCUGUAUAUGGAUGGAGCAUCCUGGGACAGGCGGAACGGGAAGCUCACAGAAUCCACCCCGAAGGUUCUCUUCAUGCAGCUUCCUGUUCUGCAUAUUUUCGCCAUUAACUCCACGGCGCCCAAGGAUCCGAAGCUGUACGUGUGUCCUAUCUACAAGAAACCCAGGCGGACUGACCUCACCUUCAUCACCGUGGUGUACCUGCGCACGGUGCUGUCCCCGGAUCACUGGAUCCUGAGAGGGGUGGCCCUCUUGUGUGACAUCAAGUAAGUUCAUCUCUAUCUGCCGUGGGCACAAGGAGAGCCACACAGAAGAAAGCUUGCUACUGAGAGACUCAGACAUGCUUAUGUCUCCUGCCUGAUAGGUGCUUAAUUACCCUCCCUCAAUUAAACAGUUGACACUUC